CUCGUUGUGUUGUUUCCGGGCCGUGCGACUCGGUGGGCUGCUUUCCCCUUUCCGGAGUGACCUAACACAGGAUAACGAAACCUGCAGUGCUCCCAGCGCUUCCGCCUCUCCCCGUCGCGUCUGGGAGGCGAGGCCGGGAGGCGAGGGCGCUGCGCAUGCGCGGCGCAGGCGCACUUGGUGCCGGUGCUGUUGCCCUUAGGUGAAGGCGGAUCUGCCAUCGUGAGUUCCAGGUGGGCGCGUGGGGCCCACGUAGGGCAGGAGGCCAGCCCCGGGGGGAUCGGGCCCGGGACUCCAUGGAAUCUGGAGGCCGAAGCCCGCGCGCACGCAAGGUCUCCGCUGCUUCCCCGACGCCUCUUGCGUGGUCGCGGGACCCGCCGCCCUCUCGAUUGGGCUGCUCAGUCCCGGGCCAGGCGUGUGCACCCAGAGCUUCCGCGCCUCUCCUCGGGCUCCUCUGCUGGAUUGCAGCGCUGGCUGGGCACCAGGAGUGCAAAGCGAAAACCCCACGCCGGCCUUUCUGUUCUCCACGGUCUCCAAGGAGACACGGACAAUAGAACAACACUUCCGUGUGCUACAUAGUAAAGCACAAAGGAUUUUUAAAAUGGCGGCAGCUCCUCAAGCACCGGGGCGGGGAUCUGUCCGUAAGACGAGACCUCUGGUUGUGAAGACGUCGUUGAACAACCCAUACACCAUCUGCUGGAGCCCUCUGGAGAGCGAGGAUAUGCACUUCAUCCUACAGACGCUUGAGGACAGGCUUAAAGCUAUUGGACUUCAGAAGAUUGAAGAUAGGAAGAAAAAGAACAAAACACCUUUUCUGAAAAAAGAAAGCAGAGAGAAAUGCAGCAUUGCUGUUGAUAUUAGUGAGGAUCUGAAGGAGAAAACAGAUGCUAAGCAGCCAGUGUCAGGGUGGACGCCUGCACACGUCAGGAAGCAGCUUGCCAUUGGCGUUAACGAAGUUACCAGAGCCCUGGAAAGGAGUGAACUGCUGUUAGUUCUGGUGUGUAAAUCAGUCAAGCCUGCCAUUAUCACCUCACACCUGAUUCAGUUAAGCCUCAGCAGAACCGUCCCUGCCUGUCAGGUCCCCCGGCUUAGUGAGAGAAUCGCCCCCGUCAUUGGCUUAAAAUGUGUCCUAGCCUUGGGCUUCAAAAAGAACAACAGUGACUUUGUGGACGAAGUAAGAGCCAUCAUCCCCAGAGUCCCCAUUUUAAGUGUACCAUGGCUUCAAGACAGAAUUGAAGAUUCUGGGGAAAAUUUAGAGACUGAACCUCUGGAAAGCCAAGACAAAGAGCUUCUGGACACUUCAUUUGAAGAUCUGUCAAAACCUAAGAGAAAGCUUGCUGACAGUCAGCAGGCUUCUGUAACAUUACAACCCCUUAAAAUAAAGAAACUGAUUCCAAACCCUAAUAAGAAAAGGAAACCACCCAAAAGUAAAAAAGCUACUCCAAAGUAAUCUUGCAUAAACUUGCCAUGUCAUACAGUUUGUGAAAGCACACUUUGUGAAGAAGGCUUGGAACUAAUAAAAUGAGUUAUAUUUACAUAGA